AUGAAGAAAUUCCAGUCGUACUUUACGCCUGCUACGGGUCCAGAUGAUCAGCCAGGGAGUACGGACGGGGAGAAGGUAAAGGGGGGCCGUGGGAAAAAGCAGGGGACCAAGCCGACUACACACCAACUUCAGCCAAUACAGCCGCGAGGAAGACAACCACCACCGCCCUCCGAAGCAACAUCUGGACAUGCCACUCCUCAGGUUGCGUCCGGCGGGGCGAGUAUGCUGUCUGUUCCAGACGCGGCGACGGUUCGGUCAGGCUCCAAACGAAGUCCAAGCAGAUCCCGAGCCUCGUUUCGACACUCGGUAUUCCCAGCAGGUGACCAGCGGAACCAUGACACGGGCACCAUUAUGGAAAUCCGAAACGACAUGAUGGUCAAUUGGCUGUACGAGCAGCAACUCCGGAAACAGUACGCCAGCGGAAUGGAUCCCUACGAAGGUGUUGUUUUGAAGAAGACCCGGGGCAACUUCACCUGCUGCCCCCCCCAGAUGGCUGGCAUUCCCGAAUCGCUGUACGCCAUGGUCUCCCAAAUGAACGUACGCUGCGCCAUGACGGUCAACACGCCCGUUGUGAGGGCGUUGAUGGACUCGAUCGUCACCAAAACCGAUAUCGACUAUGUGCCGCUUCCCGACGGGCUCCGAGUCCAGAUUUUGCCUUCCAUGGUGGAUCUUCCGAGGGGUCAGUUGCAUCACUUUGCGGCCUUUAUUGAGGACGUCAGGAUGCUGGUUGUGUGGGACGAUGAGCCCGAGAAGCUGUUGGACAGGGCUCAUACUCUGGAACAGAGGUUUAUUGAGAUCAUUUGGGGGAAGGGGGAGGAGGGCGAGGACGACGAGAAAGACGAAAAGAACAUGGCAAAUGUCAAUGUGGACGAAUUGGACCCGAACCAGCUGGAGGGUGCUCCUGAGAAACGGCCCAUCAGGUUGGAAAGCGCCAUCAUUGUGACACUCACCAUGAUUCUCUGGAUCGUAUGCUCGGGAUUGGGAUGGAGAGCAUUGGCAUACCAGUCUGCAGUGGAUGGUACCUAUCUCAGAUUUGCGCUGCUGGCCGUCUGCCCACUGCAGAUGUUUGUCAGUCUGUUCUUCUUCCAGUCAAUUGUCAGCAACCUUUUCCAGAUCUUUGGCCCCAUUUCAGCAGUCGCAAACAACAGCAAGUACUACAGCGGAAAGCCACCCCGCCGGCUCAAUCGCGAUGCCAACGCUCUUCCUCAUGUCACAAUCCAGAUGCCCGUGUACAAGGAGGGCUUGAAUGCUGUCAUUCAGCCCACGGUUGUGUCCCUCAAGGCGGCCAUUAGCACAUACGAAAUGCAGGGUGGAUCGGCCAACAUCUUUGUCAACGACGACGGUAUGCAGCUCAUCUCCGUGGAGGACGCCCAGGCCCGCCGCGACUUUUAUGACGAGCACAACAUCGGCUGGGUGGCGCGCCCACCUCACAAUCCCAACCCCAAGGAGGAAGGCGAGCUCAAGUUUAUCCGUCGCGGCAAGUUCAAGAAGGCCAGCAACAUGAACUACGCUCUGCGCACCAGCAAUCUCGUGGAAGCCAAGCUCGAUGCUAUCCAGCGGGGUCCUAAGUGGACCAACGAGCAGGAGACAGCUGCGUACCGCCAGUGCCUUGCUGAGGUUUUGGAUGGUGAUGAAGGCCGGACUUGGGCUGAUGGCAACAUUCGCGUUGGCGACUACAUUUUGAUCAUCGACUCCGAUACUCGUGUUCCCAAGGACUGCUUGUUGGAUGCUGUUAGUGAGAUGGAGCAGAGCCCCGAGGUCGCCAUCAUCCAGUUCCAGUCUGGUGUCAUGAACGUUACCAAUUCAUUCUUCGAGAGAGGCGUCACAUUUUUCACCUAUCUGAUUUACACGUGCAUCACUUACGCCGUUGCCUCUGGCGAUGCGUGCCCCUUCGUCGGACACAACGCUGUGCUCAGAUGGUCAGCUAUCCAGGACGCCACUGCAUACACCGAUGAAGACGGCUAUGAGAAGUAUUGGUCUGAAGCCCACGUGUCGGAAGAUUUCGAAAUGGCCCUCCGCCUCCAGGUCGCCGGCUACACGCUUCGCUACGCCUCUUACACCGGCGAUGGAUUCAAGGAGGGUGUCAGUUUGACCGUCUAUGACGAACUGGCCCGCUGGGAAAAGUAUGCCUUUGGCUGCAACGAGCUUUUGUUUCAUCCUCUCCGAUUCUGGAUUGUCAGGGGCCCAUUCACUAGUCUCUUCCGGGAGUUUAUCUGCUCGAGCAUUCCGCUGCCCAAGAAGAUGACCAUUAUGGCUUACGUCGGCACCUACUACGCCAUUUCUGCAGCCUGGUGCAUCACCCUGGCCAACUACUUUAUCACCGGCUGGUUUUAUGGCUUGUAUGACAAGUAUUAUCUGGAUUCGUUCGCCAUCUAUGUUUCCAUCGUGGUUGUCUUCAACGGUCUUGGUAACGUUGGGUUGGCCGUGCUGCGGUACCGGUUGAGUGAGAAGGGUCUUCUCAGUGCCUUGGAUUCCAAUGUUCACCAUCUUCCUGGGCGGUCUUUCUCUCCACACGGCCCAGGCUAUCUUGUGCCACUUUUUCGAAAUCGAAAUGAUCUGGGGCGCCACGGCAAAGGAACUCGAAAACUUGAGCUUCGGCAGCGAAAUCCUGCGCAUCAUCCGCAAGUUCAAGUUCACGUUCGUGUACUGCUUCCUCUGCACGGCGCUCAUGAUCUGCGGCACCACCGUUUUUCCCCACCAGUGGCGCAUCGGCGAGUUUUACGCCAUCUACCCUCUCUCGACCACCGUGGUUGCUCAUUUCUCCCUGCCUGUGUUUUUGAACCCGGCCUUGAUGAAGUUCACGUGGUAGUUUUGGGGAGAGGCUUUUGGGUAUCUUUUUUUCUUCUCAUGACUCAGAAAAAUGGGUAA